CACACAGAGUGUGAGGUUGACUCUAGUCGUGCAUUCAGGGAAGUACACACAGCAGCUCACAGGGGAAGUGAAAGGAGUGCUGUUUUUUCACCCCUCAUACUCUUCCUUUGUAUUCUCCAAACAGGGGUCUGCUUUGAUCCUUUAGCUUCUCUAUUUUCUCUUUUUGUCACCUAUUUCUUUUUCCUGAAGACAGAGCAGGAGCACCACUGCCUCCCUGUAACCCUUCUUGCCGGUGGUGGAUGCUGAUGCUGUGAUACUGGCAGAGGAGCAGACAAGCCCCCAGUGGAUGCAGUAAAGUGCUCUUGGAGGAAAAUUGCAAGCAAAGGGGGCUCAUGGGGAAUCUCCUGAAAGUGCUGACUUGCGCCGAACUUGAGCAUGGCCCAAUAGUUUUCCUUGACUUUGAACAUGCCCAGCCUACAGAGGCAGAGACGGCCGUUUGGAAUCAAGUCAGUGCCGUUCUGGAGGAGGCUCAUGGUAUCUUAGCAGAGUUACAGUCCUACAGCGGAGCGGGGCAAGAGAUAAGAGAGGCUAUUCAAAACCCCAAUGACCUCCAGCUUCAGGAGAAAGCCUGGAAUGCUGUGUGCCCCCUGGUGGCCAAGCUGAAGCGGUUCUAUGAAUUUUCACUCAGGUUAGAAAAUGCCCUGCGCAGCCUGUUGGAAGCACUGACGAGCCCACCGUACGCUCCCAUGCAGCACCUGGAGAGAGAACAGGCUCUGGCUAAACAGUUUGCAGAGAUCCUGCAUUUCACUCUUAGCUUUGACGAGCUAAAGAUGACAAAUCCAGCCAUUCAGAAUGACUUCAGUUACUACAGGAGGACCAUAAGCAGAAAUCGACUGAACAAUCAGCAGUUAGAGGCAGAGAAUGAAGUCAAUAACGAAAUGGCCAAUCGGAUGUCUCUGUUUUACGCUGAAGCAACACCCAUGCUGAAAACCUUGAGUAAUGCCACAACCAAGUUUGUGUCAGAGAACAAAACUUUGCCUAUUGAAGACACCACAGAUUGCCUGAGCACUAUGGCCUGCGUGUGUCGGGUCAUGCUGGAGACUCCGGAAUACCGGUGCCGUUUCACCAACACGGACACUAUGCUGUUCUGCAUGCGUGUUAUGGUGGGCGUCAUUAUCCUCUAUGAUCACGUUCACCCUGUGGGUGCCUUUGCUAAAACCUCCAAGAUUGACAUGAAGGGCUGCAUUAAAGUGUUGAAAGAGCAGCCUUCAAACAGUGUGGAGGGAUUGCUGAAUGCACUGAGGUAUACAACAAGACAUCUAAAUGAUGACAGCACCUCGAAACAAAUCCGUGCUCUACUUCAAUGAGGGGACAUGCCUAGAGAGAGAGGGAUGAAAUUGAACGAGUAUGAAAAGGGAGAGAGAAAUAGAUGAAGACGGAAGUUGCUGACACAAAACAAAAUAUGAAAGCUGGAAGUUUUUGGGUGACGCGCCCUCAGAAACCUGUUUGUUUACAUGAAAGAAAUGCAAACGUCAAUUUCAAAAACCUAAAUAAGCAUAAAAUGGAAAAAAGUAUAUAUAAUAUAUUGUCAGUUGUUCAUCAUGUCUUUGAUUUUGUAAAAAAAAAAACAUGAAGAGAUUAUAGAAAUAUAUAUAUGUAGGUAUAUUAAAAUAAAAAAGCUGAAACAGAACCAUGGCUUACCAGAUGAGAACAUUUAAGAAAAAAAGCAUAUACUGUAUUAAAGCCCUAUGAUCAGAAACAAAAACAACAAAUAAGGUCCAUAUAACUAUGUACUUCUGCAGAUUAUUUUUGCACAUAGAUAAUCCCCUUACUAAUUAUAAAGAUUUUGAAAAUGGCUUCACAUUGUAUAGUGUAUAGUGUGUAUAGUGCAGAUCGGUCUCCGUGCAUUGAAAUGCCAUUUGAUUUUUCAUACACUCACCUCUUCAUCUACACCAUGCUUCUUCCAUUGCAUUCUGCAGGAGUAUUUUAAUACUACACUUCCUUUCCCAGUUUCAGCUACAGAAUCAAUUUGUGAAUCAUGCCAUUCUGCAUUUCUAUAGAACUCAGUAUCUAUAAAACAAGAGACUUGCAUUGCUGUAUAUACUCGAAAAGCACAGGUUAAGGAUUUUGUGUUUGACUUAUUCACUAGUGCUGUACAGCAAUACUGAAAUACAAAUACAACUGCAAAAGCAGUUCCAAAUAAGCUGUUUUGUGCCAAUAUAGAAUGAACAAUUCAUGAACAAAACAAAGGCCUUAGUGAGACGUGCAUGUAAGGCACUAAGUUAGGAAUUGUUCUGCUUCAGGAAACUGCGCGAGAAGGAAUUCUCAGAAAGCCAUGAAACUAUUUCAGAAGCUACUCACAUUUCCAUCAGCACUGUAGCUACUUUCUCUGCAACCAUCCGAUACCAUUUUGAGGACCUGUAGUUUAUUACAUAUUACAUAUUGAGUGAACUAUAGGUCCCAAAUCAUCAGAAGCUUAACACCGUAGUAUACCAUUAAAACACACCCUUAGGGUAAAUUAAAUCUACUGAUCAGAAAUACUGACAAAUUUCAACAUGACAUUGCCUAUUACUGGACUCAAGUUCAAGUUCUGGGCACAUUUAUUCUUAUAGAAAACUGGAAAUAUCAAUCAUUCUUACUUACACACACGCACAAAGGGCGUAUAGCUGAAAAAUUUCAGAAGGUUUUGGUGUAAAUAAGUGAAUAAGCGGAGGAUUUUCCACCAGCCGUCUAAAAGGCCAUGGAACUGAUGCGCUUAACGUCAACUAGAGAAUGUUUCUUUUAGUAUGAUGCAAUUUUAAAAAUAAUAAUAAUAAUGUCAUAAAUGAGUAUUUAAAAAAUAAAUUAUUUAAUAAAAUUAAGAUGCAACAAAUGCAGUGUUGUAUUUCGAUGUCUAUAGCCCUUAGUUUCACUUAAUUUGAUCUGACAGUAUAUUUUUUUAUACAGGGGUAUGUUCACAAGCAUAUUCUGUAUAAAUAAAUAGAUGGCAUGCUGUACAACUUCAGAAGAAAUUGUGUAAAUACGGUGUUUUUAUUCAUUUUCCAAUGUUCAGUGACUGAAUUGGGUGUGUUGUGUCUAAGAAACCUUGCAUUUGGCUUGGACUAUUGGACUUGCCAUAGUCAUAGGUUCCAGCUCUUCAACUUCAUACUGGUGAAGAAAGUAAUGGGCAAGUCGGAUGGGGGAGGGAGGGGACUGUCCAUUUGCUUGUUAUUUUGUACAUUUUGUGCAACAAUAAACUUGUCAUUUAUUAAGUUCA